AUGGUGAAGGAGACCAAGCUCUACGACACCCUCAACGUGAAGCCAGAGGCUACACAAGAUGAGAUCAAGAAGGGCUACAGGAAAGCAGCUCUGAAGUGGCACCCCGACAAGAACAAGGACAACCCCAACGCCGCCGAAAAGUUCAAGGAGUGUUCUCAGGCGUACGAGAUCCUGUCUGACCCCGAGAAGCGCAAGAUCUACGACCAGUACGGCCUCGAGUUUCUGCUCAGAGGAGGCGCCGCUCCUCCCCCCGAUGGCGCCGCCGGCGGGAACCCCUUCGCCGGUGCCGGUGGUAUGCCCGGCGGCUUCGACUUUAGCGGCGGCAUGCCCGGAGGCGGAGGCGCCCGGACAUUCCACUUCAGCACUGGCGGAGGCCCGGGCGGUGGCUUCAGCUUCAACAACCCCGAGGACAUCUUUGCCGAGUUCAUGCGCCAGGGUGCGGGCGGUGGUGGCCACGGCGGCGACGCCGACGACAUUUUCUCCGCGUUUGGCGGCGGCGCGGGCGGUCGCGCUGGCCGUCCCAGGAUGAGGACGUCUGGGUUUGGCGGCGACCCGCGGAAGCGCGAGCCCACGCCCGAGAUCACGACGGUGGAGCGGCCGCUGCCGCUGACGCUUGAGGAGCUCUACAACGGCGUCACCAAGAAGAUGAAGAUUAAGCGAAAGACGUUUGAUGAGUCCGGAAAGCGCGUGCAAACGGACCAGAUCCUGGAGGUGCCGAUCAAGCCGGGCCUGAAGAAGGGUUCCAAGAUCAAGUUUAACGGUGUUGGGGACCAGGUCGAGGGCGGUCGGCAGGAUUUGCAUUUCAUCGUCGAAGAGAAAGAACACCCGCUCUUCAAGCGCGAGGAUAACGAUAUCGUGCACACAGUCGUCCUGGAACUCAAGGAGGCUCUCACGGGAUGGAAGCGGACCGUCACAACGAUCGAAGGCCGCCAGAUCAACCUCGACAAGGGCGGCCCGACGCAGCCCGGGAGCGAGGACCGGUACCCUGGUCUGGGCAUGCCCAUCACAAAGAAGCCAGGCCAGCGGGGCGACUUUGUCAUCAAGUACAAGGUCAACUUCCCGUCGAGCCUGACGCCCGCGCAGAAGCAGCAGCUGCGGGAGAUUCUGUAA